AUGUGGGUGAAUUGCAGUUUGAGGUCUGGGUUGCUAUUUGUCACUCUGUCUCUUGCCAUUGCCAAGCACAAGCCACCUUCCUGCACCAAAACUUGCUGCUCAAAGGCGACCUUGACCCGUGUGGACGGCCUCUUUGUCAAGGCGACGUGGCUCAAAGCAACAAUUCCAGAAGAUCGCGUCAAAAAUAUAAGACUACUAAAAAAGAAAACAAGAAAGCUGUUUACGAAAAAUUGCCAAUUUCAAGAAUAACUGUCCUUCUUCACGGAAGAUGUUUUUGGUCACCUCCAAUUACAAGUUUGCAAGGAAAUACACUUUGUGGAAGACUUUCAUAGCCUUAGGCAGAAACCAAGUCGCUGUAUUUUCUGCCCUUCUUCUGCUAGAGAGAGGGAAUCCAUUACCAGGAUAAAAGAGCUUUUUAUGGGGUAAAUUGGAAAUAAAGAAAUCUACAAAGCCAUCAGUGAACUGGAAAUCCUUCUUUCCUGGAUUAAAAACUUCCUGGAAAGCAUAAAGUAAAUCAAGAAGCCAAGUGCAUUAAUUUGAUAGUUAUUUUGAAAUGCUAUGAGAACCACGAGAAGUACAUUUCUAACCAUGUAUUUAUUUCUUUUUAAAAGUUCUAUGGAGAGUACUGACAGAAAGUAAAAUGAUUCAGAAUAGACUAGAAGAAUUUAAUGUAAUAGUGUUUUGGAAAUAAGCAAAUUCUUGCUAACGAGUGUAUUAUUUGUAUUUUUAAGGAAUAUUUUCACUGUGAGCAUGUUUUCUUAUUCACAAGUACAUUGUAUGAAUUUAACUUAAAGGUGUAUAAUUUGAGUUAGCUCAUGUAAUAUUUGUAGAGGGAAAAUAGCAGAUUUCUGGCAUACAAUAAGUUAUUGAGACGUAGGUAGAUGGCUAUGCAUAUGAUCAUUGUUUACUUAAAGGCUUGAUGAUUGUUAAGUAUGCCCAGUGUGAAUUUAGCUCUUAGCAGAUGUUAAUUUCAAUUAAACUGUGCUUCUUUCUCUUGGUGUCUUUUUCAUGACAGUAGGCUAGAAUUUCAUCAACUGUGAUGCGUAACGAUCAGAUCAGAUAGGACACAUACACCAACCAAGUGCUUUGAAUGAUUUACUGGGAAUGUCUUUGUCUGAUAACCCAAGCCACAAAGACCACAAGUAACCAGAGCUGAAAUGAUGCUGAAGCUUGAUAAUGCUUCUUCCGGGUGCUGUACAGUUAGGAAAGUUGAUAGAGGGCAAAUAAAAGUCUAAAUGCAGUUCAGAUUCCACCACAGGAAAUGUAUCAUACUGUCUAGAGCUUUGUUUGGACAGCUAGCCUUUCAGUAAAAUAAGCGAAAUGGCAUGACCAUUGUGUUGCUUUAAAUGGACUGUUUCUCCGUAAUCUGCCAUAUAAGGCACUGGCAGUUUCUGGCAGCAUGUCUGGGCCGCCAGCCACAUUCAGCACUAUGACUUGAUGUUCUGUGAUAUGAACAGGCAGGG